CCCCUUUAUCCUCAUUCUCACAUCCACAUCUACGCAAGCAAGAUUCUCUUGUCUUAAAUUUUUAAAAGACAACAAGUCUAUUUACUUAAAAAUUAUAUAUAUAUAUAUAUAUAUAGUAACAAGUGAAUAAUUAUAUUUAGUUUUCGUGCUGGUUUUAAUUAGUAUAUUUAAAUAAAAUUGGUAAUAAUAAAUUUCGGCAAGUCUAAUAGCAACAGAUUGAAAUGAGCAAGAGAAAAGAAUUAAGUGUUUCUAUUUUAUUAAUUAUCUACCUGUUUGUUAAUUGUGUUACUGGAUUUAUCGAUGACUCAACAAGUGUCGUCGAGAGAUCAUCCCGUGAAAUAAAUAAUCGGCCACUUUGUACUGCUAAAAAAGAUUAUGACUUGAUAACAGAGUACAAAAGAUUACCAGAGAAUCGGUAUGUCGCUGAAUAUAAAAGAUUUCCAGAGUAUCGCUACAGUUUUGGUAUUGGAAAGCGAUGGUACGACGAUUCAAAGAGAAAUACUCCCUAUUCAUUUGGGAUCGGUAAGCGCUAUCAGAUGGAUAAAAUGGAUCAAAUGGAAAAAAAUAAAUUACAUCAGUUUGGUUUGUUUAAUGAUUAUUUAUCCGUUGGGAGCGAUGAUAAUUAUCCAGUGAUUCAAGAUCAACAAAAUAAACGGGGGGCUGUUCCUAAAUCUCGUAAUUAUGACUUUGGUGUUGGAAAACGCAAUAUUCAUAUAUUUUCAUCAAUUAAACAGCCACAGCAUAUCAAUCCGGAUGAUAAACAUGAUUCCUCUGAUAAUUACAAUAAUGAUAUUUGGGAACAGGAUUGAAGAUAUUUAUUUAUUUUUUUUUUUUUAAUCCUUACUAGCUUAAUAUUAUCAAAUAUACUAAUAAAUAAUAUAUCCAAAGUAUUAUAAAUAAAUAUAAUAGCUUAACUUUAAAUAUACCUAUCAAUGAAACUUAAAUUGUUUUUUUGGGAUUAUCAGCUUUUAAAAUAAUUAUACUUGAAUGUAUAUCUGUAUUGUAAAUUUUAUCGAAAAAAUAAAGAUAUAUAUAUAUAGUAAUGUAGUAAUGCCUGGAGAGUACUAUAAAUUUAACCGAUAACUAUUCUCAUGAGAUUAAUACUGAAAUACUGAAAUACGCCCUCUUUCUCAAAUAAAUAUAUAAAAUAUAAAUUUGUCUUGUUUCUUCCACCAAGUUGUUAAUAAAUCAGUAUAACGAUGAAA